AUGGAUGAAUUGUUCAAAUUCAUGGAGGGAUUCCAACAUGCAGUAGUUAUAUCUCUGCUAAUUAUUGUAUGGUCUAUGUAUAGUUGGAUUAAGGAGAACAAAUCUAGGAGCUCCAAAUUGCCUCCUGGCUCCAAGGGAUGGCCUCUUAUAGGGCACACUCUUAGUUGGUAUUUAAGUGUAUCAAGCUCACACCCUCCAUCAUUUGUUGAAGGUUGUGUGAAAAGGUAUGGGAAGAUCUUCUCAUGCAAGCUCUUGGGAAGACCAACAAUCAUUUCUGCAGAUCCAAGCUUCAAUAGAUAUAUCUUAAAAAAUGAAGGUCGGCUGUUCAGGGCAGGCUAUCCAAAAUCUUUUAGAGACUUGGUAGGGAAGAAAGGUUUGAUUGCUAUACAUGGAGACCUUCAUAAGAAACUUCAUAGCAUUGCCAUAAAUCUCAUGACUUCAGAAAAGGUGAAAAACAAUUUCAUCACAGAUAUUCAUAUCAUUCUACAAAGGACAAUGAACACAUGGAAAGAUAGAAACAUGUUUUUUGAGGAUGAGUGUAGAAAGCUAGCAAUCAGUUUGAUGGCAAAUCAACUUUUGGGUAUUUCAACAGAAGAGGAAAUAAAUGAAAUGGCUCCUGUAUUCUGUGAUUUUGUAGAAGGAAUUAUAUCCUUUCCAAUAAAAAUGCCAGGAUUUGCAUAUUUCAAAGCAAUGAAGGCAAGAAGGGUUCUGAUAAGUAAGAUAUGUGAAAUAAUUGAUAAAAGAAAAUGCAGCCCUGCUGGAACAAAACAUAAUGGUUUGCUGGCAAGACUUCUCGAUGAAGACAAUCUUUCACAAGAGAUUGUGGCAGAUUUCAUUAUUUCACUACUUUUUGCUGGUCAUGAAACCACAGCCAAGACCAUGUCCUUUGCCAUAUACUUUCUCACUCAAUGUCCUGAAGCUGUGCAGCAGUUGAGAGAUGAAAACGAUUCAGUGAGAAGAAAUAGAAAUAAGGAAAUGCUGACAUGGGAAGACUAUAAAUCAAUGAAAUUCACCAGAUGUGUUUUAGAAGAAACUCUUCGCUUAGGAGGAAUAGCUAUAUCAGUUUUCAGGGAAACAAUAGAAGAGAUUGAAUAUAAAGGCCAUGUUAUUCCCAAAGGAUGGCUUGUUGUUCCAUUCUUUUCUGCAGUUCACUUGAAUGAAGAUUUCUAUGAAGAUUCUCUCAAAUUCGAUCCAUGGCGUUGGCAAAAGAUUGAUCAAGAAAGCAAAAUGUGGAGAACCAGUGAACUGUAUAUGCCAUUCGGAGCAGGAGCUAGAUUCUGUCCGGGUGCCGAGUUGGCUAGACUACAGAUUACUCUAUUUCUUCACUAUUUUGUCACCAUGUACAGAUGGGAGCAGCUGAAGGAAGACAGGACAUCUUACUUUCCAUCUGCCAGACUAGUUGGUAGAUUUCCAGUGCAUAUCCAAGCAAGAAAAGACUACUGA